CUUCAAACCCUACGAGAGAGUGAGAGGAGAUUUUCUAGAGAAAGAGAGAUGUGCACGUUAGAGAGGAAAGGCAACAUCUUCAUCCUAACGCUAACAGGCCCGGGCGAGCACAGGCUCAACCCCACUCUCAUCGACUCAAUCCGAUCCGCUCUCAACCAAAUCCGAGCCGCCGUCACCACCACCGCCACGUCAUCAUCGCCCUCGGCCCUAAUCACCACCGCACAUGGCAAAUUCUUCUCCAACGGCUACGAUCUCUCCUGGGCCCAGUCCUCUCAAUCCCGCUUGGAGCUCAUGGACUCCAAGCUCCAGUCCCUCGUUGCCGACCUCAUCUCCCUCCCGAUGCCCACGAUCGCCGCCGUCUCCGGCCACGCCUCCGCCGCCGGCUUCACCCUCGCUCUCAGCCACGACUACCUCCUCAUGAGGCGGGACCGCGGCUUCAUCUGCAUGAGCGAGCUCGACAUCGAGCUCCUUCUGCCGCGUUGGUUCUUGGCACUUAUCGAGAGCAAGGUCGGCUCGCCGGCGGCUCGGCGCGACUUGUUGCUCAGAGCCGAUAGGGUGAAAGCCGACGUGGCUGUGGCGAAGGGGAUUAUCGACUCGGCGCACGAUAGCGCCGAGGAAACCGUUGAGGCCGCGGUUAUACUUGGGGAGGAGUUGGUCGCGCGGAAAUGGAACGGACACGUGUACGCUCAGAUUCGCAAGGACUUGUUGUCUGAUGUUGUCGAUGAGAUCCGCGCGAAUAAUGCUGGCAGUAGAUCCCGGCUGUAGGUUUAUGGGUCGGACAGGCAUGUGGGCUUUUUGGCCCAAUGGUUAUUUUAGGUUGGAUUCAAUAAAUCUUGGCCCAACGUGCUGUUGCUA